CAGAGAUAGGAUUCAAGCCCUCUAGUCAGAUUGCAAAAGAGGAAUUACAAGUGUUUUAUGUCAUCUGAAUUGAAAUGUGAUCAAGAUGGAGUCUAUCUAUGUGCUUUCCCAGAGUUUGGAGGAUUCUCUGUAGAGAUAUGCAAGAGCCAUUUCAUUGGAUGGAAAAGUUUAUCGAAUCCAUAAUGUUUCCUCCAGCGUAUAUUACGUCACACUUCGGAACCAAUUGUUAAAUGCUAUGACAUGUCUCUAGCAAUCAGAAAAAGGAGCUGGGAAGAACAUGUGACCCAGUGGAUGGGCUUGCAUUUUGGAUCUCUUGAUUCUAAUAUAUUAUGCAGACAUGGCUUAGUAGUUGACAACUUGCAAGCCGGAAUGGAAAAGAAUGAACUUCGGUGUGAAAAUCUGAAAGAAAAAAGUGCUUCCUUGCCAGAUUGCUGUCACGUUGGAGAGUUGGUAGCCUUCCCCUCAAAGCUUUUCAGCAACGUUUCCAAAGAACUAGAUGAAAAUGAAAAUCAUCAAGAAGAAGGAGAAUUUCUCUCACUUGAAGCUAGCGUGGAAACUUUAGUCAAUGUUUCGGUUGGAAGCGAUGAUGGCACCAGUGACAGCAAGAACAUGGAUCUCCCAUUGGAGACCAUCAACUGCCAGUUUAUCCCUGUGGAAGAUAAAUUGUUAGCUGAAAAGAACAGUUUAGAGGAAUCUUCAGUGAAGAUCAUCUCAAGAGUAGAAGCAAAGAAACCAUGCGAUCAUACUGCUGAACCAACUGAAAAAAUGAGCACUUCUCAUUAUGAGGGAGCAAUGAAAAACAAUAGCAGAGAAGAAGUUAUCAUACUUGGAUACAACAACUCUCAUGAAAGCAAAGAUGUCUCAAAAGCAAAAAAAUGGGAACCUUCUGUGGAAAAAAGUAUAUUGGAAGAGCAGACAGUUUAUGGAACUACAGCCCUACAAUAUGAAAAAUUAGAUGAGAAGAAUGAUGAUACUUUAUUCCAUGAUGAAGAUGGGCUUUCUCAGCAUCGUGGCAAUGAUGCGAUUAUAAGAAAUUCCAAUAAUUCUCUUGCACACUCACCUGGUUCUCACAUCUGGCCAGAGGAUACUAAAGUGGAUGUGCAUAAUGUUACAAAUGCUCAGGAUGAAUGCAUUCUGAAUGCACCCUUGGUCUCGGAAGUAUCUGAUUUAAAGAAUAAAACAGUCAUAUGCCAACCUACAGACUGCCAAGUUGUCCUGCGCAAAAAAAAGGAAGCCAGAGACCAAGAUCAGCCACGACUGGACUCCAUGGUACUACUCAUUCUGAAACUGGAUCAGCUCGAUCAGGAUAUUGAAAAUGCUCUCAGCGAAAGCUCUUCGCCUUCCAGCACAUUGACACAACCACAAAAGCCCAUCCCUGAUUCAGAAUCACUUCCUAGAGGCACAGUUGACAUCAACAGCCAGCAAAUGAACUCACCAACACCUCCUCUUCCUCCUACUCUCUAUGGUGCAGAUAAAGUAUUUCCUAUUCCAAUGGCUGGUUCUGGAGCAAAACCAAAGACUGGGGCUGUUCCAAUUAUUACAGAAAAGGUGAAGGCUGAGAUUGAAGCGAAAGAAGCAUGCGAUUGGCUGCAAGCAGCAGGAUUCCCCCAGUAUGUUCAGCUUUAUGAGGAUCUUAUCUUUCCCAUUGACAUCACUGCAGUGAAGAGAGAACAUGAUUUUCUGGACAAAGAUGCCAUUGAAGCCUUGUGCAGGCGUUUAAAUACUUUAAACAAGUGUGCAAUGAUGAAACUAGAAAUCAGCCCACACAGGAAACGGAGUGAAGAUUCAGAUGAAGAUGAGCCUUGUGCAAUCAGUGGGAAGUGGAUGUUCCAGAGAGAGAGCAAGAGAUGGUCCAGACUGGAAGAAUUUAACAUUUUCCCUCCAAAAUUUGAUAUGAAUUCCACAUCCCUGGAAGUGGCUCAUCUUAGCAAUGCCACCAGUCAUGAGAGCAUGCUGAUGGAGCAGAGUGAACAUCUGGAGGUAGCUUCCAUCCAUAGCAUGAGCAGCAACAACAGCCAGCCGACUACCUCCCAGAGCGAUGCAGUCACCACCAGGACAAACUCCGUCAUUAGCAUCACCUCUUCGGGAAAACUUGUGGAAAACGAGGGCAGGCUGCCCUCCACCAAAGAGUUAUCGAGUUUCAGUUGCCGCAUGAAAGCCAGCGAGAAGAACACCAAAUCCAAAACAAGGAGCCUGUUAAAGAGGAUGGAAAGUCUGAAGAUAAAAGGAUCCCAUCCUGGGAAAAGCAAAGCUCCUUCAAAACUCGGCUUGAUAAUCAGUGGUCCGAUCUUGCAAGAAGGUAUGGGCGAAGAGAAACUGAAGCAACUCAAUUGUGUGGAGAUCUCCACUCUCAACGGCAACCACAUCAAUUUCCCGAUGGUUCGCAAAAGAAGCGUUUCCAAUUCCACGCAGACCAGCAGUAGCAGCAGCCAAUCGGAGACGAGCAGUGUGGUUAGCACUCCCAGCCCCAUCACAAGGACCCGGAGCCUGGGCGCCUACAAUAAGCGCGUGGGGAUGUACCUAGAAGGCUUUGAUCCUUUCAACCAAUCGACAUUUAAUGAUGUCAUGGAACAGAACUUUAAAAACAGGGAUAGCUUUGCAGAAGAGACGGUCUUUUUCAUCCCUGAAGAUCACAAACCUGGAACGUUUCCCAAAGCCCUCUCCAAUGGCAAUUUUGCACCACCAAAGAAUAGUUCGGUGAACUGGAGAACGGGAAGCUUCCAUGGGCACGGACAUCUUUCGCUCCGGCGUGAGAACAGUUCCGACAGCUCCAAAGAUAUGAGCAUCGGAAGGAGACGCAACUCCUCCAGUUCGGUGUGCAGUCGGCUCAGCAUUUAUGACAACGUGCCAGGUUCCAUAUUGUAUUCCAGCACAGGAAAUCUGGCCGAUCUGGAGAAUGAGGACCUCUUCCCUGAACUCGACGACAUCCUGUAUCAUGUCAAAGGCAUGCAGAAAAUUGUGAACCAGUGGUCAGAGAAAUUUUCUGACGAAGGGGACUCUGAUUCAGCUUUGGACUCCAUUUCUCCAUGCCCUUCGUCUCCCAAGCAAAUCCUGCUAGAUGUGGACAAUGAUAGGACCAUCCCUAGUGAUCUGGACAGCACGGGAAAUUCGUUGAAUGAAACUGAGGAGGCUGUAGGAAUCCCAGAGAGAAGGGAUUCUGGGGUGGGGGCAUCACUGACCCGCUCCAACAGGCAAAGAAUGAGGUGGCAUAGCUUUCAGAGUUCCCAUCGGCCCAGCUUAAGUUCCGUUGCCUUACAGAUUGACUGUCAGUCCGUCGCACAGAUGAACUUGCUGCAGAAGUAUUCCCUUCUGAAAUUAACUGCACUCUUGGAGAAAUACACACCUUCCAACAAACAUGGUUUCAGCUGGGCUGUGCCAAAGUUCAUGAAAAGGAUAAAAGUCCCAGAUUAUAAAGACAGAAAUGUGUUUGGCGUUCCCCUAAUAAUUAAUGUUCAGCGUACCGGGCAACCUCUUCCACAGAACAUACAGCAAGCUAUGAGAUACCUUCGUAACAACUGUUUGGAUCAGGUUGGCCUUUUCCGAAAAUCUGGAGUCAAGUCAAGAAUCCAGGCAUUACGACAGAUGAACGAGAAUGCAAUAGGCAAAGUGAACUAUGAAGGCCAGUCUGCUUACGAUGUGGCCGACAUGCUCAAACAGUAUUUCCGCAACCUGUCGGAACCUCUAAUGACCAACAAACUUUCAGAGACAUUCUUACAAAUCUACCAGUAUGUGCCAAAAGACCAGCGCCUCCAGGCAAUCAAAGCGGCCAUUAUGCUUCUACCAGAUGAGAACAGAGAAGUCCUACAGAUUCUUCUGUAUUUUCUGAGUGACGUCACAGCUGCUGUGAAAGAAAACCAGAUGACGCCAACAAACCUGGCGGUGUGUUUAGCACCUUCUCUUUUCCACCUGAACACCCUUAAAAGAGAAAAUUCUUCUCCAAGGGUAAUGCAGAGGAAACAGAGUCUGGGAAAACCAGAUCAGAAAGACCUAAAUGAGAAUUUGGCUGCAACUCAAGGCCUAGGCCACAUGAUUGCUGAGUGUAAGAAGCUUUUCCAGAUCCCAGAAGAAAUGAGCAGAUGUCGGAAUUCUUAUACGGAACAAGAUCUUAGACCUCUCAGCUUUGAGGACCUGGGACAAACUAACAACUCGGAGUCUGCUAGUUACCAUUCUUAUAUCCAGGACUGUAUGGAUGAUUUUUUCAAGGAAAUAAAGGAUAAAUUUAAGGGCUGGGUCAGUUGUGCCACGCCAGAACCAGCAGAACUUGCCUAUAAAAAGGUUUGUGAAGGUCCACCUCUACGGCUGUGGAAAUCCGUGGUUGAAAUCCCUGCGACGCCUGAAGAAGUAUUAAACCGUAUCGCCAAAGAACAGCAUCUUUGGGAUGAAGAUCUUUUAGACGCUAAAGUCAUUGAGACUUUGGAUAGCCAGACGGAUGUUUAUCAAUUUGUACAAAACAAUAUGGCGCCACACCCAGCAAGAGACUUUGUCAUCCUCAGGACUUGGAGAACCAAUCUCUCUAAGGGAGCAUGCGCGCUCUUAGGUUUCUCAGUGGAACAUGACCGUGCGCCCAUCCUUGGUGUCAGAGUGAAUGUGCUGUUGUCCAGAUAUCUUAUUGAACCUUGCGGGAUAGGAAAAUCCAAACUCACAUAUAUGUGCCGAAUUGAUUUAAGGGGACACAAGCCUGACUGGUACACAAAAGCAUUUGGGCACUUGUGCGCAGCUGAGGUUGUGAGGAUUAGAGACUCUUUCCUUAAUCAAAAUCUUGAAGCUAAGGAAGCAACAUCCAGGUGAUGGAUCAAGUGGACCAGCACAGCACCAGCCUAUCUAGAGAUUUUGAGGGAAGGUUGAUUAUCCACCCUAGGACGGAACAGAUAUCCAUUAGGUCCUGAAGAGAAACAUUCUGGAAUGGGUUUGAGAUUGUCCAUCAAAAUCCAGUGACAAUCCCUAGUGUUUUUUAAAGCUGCUUUUUUUUUGUCUGUGUUAGGCCUAUAGUGUAGAUCUUAACUGGAAAAUUUUGGAUGGUGCAACUUUUUUUUUUUAAAGGUAAGAUUAAUGUUUGCUUAGGUGCUGUGAAUUGCUUCUGAGAAGCAAAGCUCUAAGACUGAAAUAUAUUUCUGAAAUAUAGUGAAAAUUAUUCAUUCCUAUAUUACGUUAGCUUUUUAUCUAUGUAUCUGUAUGUCAUUUGUGGAGGGACUGCAGCAGCCACUGGAUUUGGUGUGUUCCUCAAGUGGAUUUUCGCGAGAGUAAGUGAAGGAAGGUUUGCACGAAGGUGAAGGUGUGAAUGAUUGUCUAACUUGUUGACUGGAGUAUGAAGAGCCAAAAUGGCAGAAACAGAGUGUCUGGUACACUUGGAAGGCAUUGGGAAGAAUUUAGCAGGUGGGAAGAGAAUCGGCCUAGAAUUUGACUGAGAGACCCAUUACGAGCAUCAACUCUUCAUUCCGCUGAGUUCUUAUUAUUCAUAUGUGUUUCUAAAAAUUGAAAAGUGUGGUCUACAUCAGCCAGGUCAAAGAAUGGUGAAAAGCAGAACACUUGAAACUUAUUUUAAAAAUGCCAGAUAUAUUUCAGUGUGUGUCUUUUGUAUGGCAGUAAUUUUGUAUGUGCUUCCAGUUGAAAGGUCUCAGCUUUUCAUAGCUGCCCCAGGAGAAUACUGGCCACGCGUUGGCCACGCCCAGACUUCAUAUUGCUUGGAAUACUUUCUUAACAAUCUGUAAAGAGCAUCUCAAGAAAAUGUGAAUGAAGUCACUUUUCCUACCGCUUAUUCUUUUAAUAUCCGUUCAUAUGUUAAGAUAACAAAUAGAAACCUAAGCAACAUCUUGGUUUAAUUAACAUAGGAAUAAAUGCUUGUAGUUUGACAACAGGGCCAAAACUCCUUUCUGUAGCUGGAAAGGACAACACUGAAAAAUAUUCAUAACUGGAACAUUAUAAAGUUCUAAAAUGUUUCCGCAUAGCAGAUACUCCUAGGAGUUAUUCAUAUAACCCAUUCCAUUGUAAUCAUAUAACCUCAUUUAUCGACAAGGUUUGGAGGAAAUUAUCCCCCAAAAUUAGAAGCAAUGUAGUUGGGUAAAAACAAAUAUUCGUGCCACAAAAUUAUAGGACAUAAUGCAAAGAACUGCAGGAUAAGAUAAACGGAUUAAAAUGACCAAGGGUUCUCUGGUGACCUUUGUAUAAGACAUCCCAGAAGUAUAAGCUAGAGCAGAGCUGUGGUAGCAGUAGUAAAUGAAAAUAGGAAGAUACAUGUAGAAUGUUGUCAUUUUACCAGUCUAAAAACUACAGAUUAGUUAUCCAAUGUUUGGGGGGGAAUGGAAGGGAGUCAAAUUAUUAUUUUGCAUGUAGUAUUUGUCAACAGUUUCUGCACAUCUUAAUGAGCAUUAUUAGUAAGGAAUCUUUUUAAAAAGAUUUUAGAGAAUGACACUGUUUCAGUAAUAGAUUUUACUGUAAAUACAACAAAGCACAGGGAAGAUAAAUAUUGUCCUUCCUUCCUUGUUACAGAAUAUAUGUAUUUUAUUCCAGUGCAUUGGCUGAUAUGAAGACUAAAAAAUCAUUGUAAUCCAUGCUGUUAAAUAACAUUUCUGUCAUGUAAUUCAAGGGUAAAAAGCAGGACUUCAUGUCUUGUUGUGAAUCCAGCCCUUACCCCUUUCCAAAUCUGCUAUGGUGCCCCACUACAAAAAUCACACUCUGAUUGACGGAUGCAAGUCUCAGGUGUGAAUGCUAUGAACUAAAACGAAAGAUUAUUUAUCUGUAUAUUUGGAAUAAAAUCAUUGUAUGGAUCCAUUUGGAUAACUAAAACCAGCCCCUCAUAGCUUUAAAUUACUGCCAAGAUGUAUGUUGUCACCAAAGAUUAUGUGGAAAUUGGCACUUGGCGUGCUUUGUUCAUUCAGAAAAGACCUGUGCAAUUUUCACCUGGUCUUCUUUCCCAGCCUUGGGACUGUGGCAUAUUUAGAAGAAGCUCUUAGAUACCAUUGACAGUAUUAUUAUUAUUAUUAUUUUCAUAGAGUGUUUGAGAUUACUUUUGAGAGUAUUGGGAAGAGCUCUUCCUAAUUCUUCACCUGUACUAUGCCUUGGGUAGCUUUGGUCUCGGUGUUCAGUCUAUAAGCAGUGUUAUGUCAAGAGAGGGACUAUAUGGUAGGUUAGAAUUCUUCCUUGUAUACGCUUCAAAACAGGGAUCUCCAACCUUGGCAACUUGAAGACUUGUGGACUUCAACUCCCAGAAUUGAGUUGGAGUCCACAAGUCUUCAAGUUGCCAAGGUUGGAGACCCCUGUUUCAGAAGACAGUGUCCUUCAAGAUCUUCCUGUUCUUGGGACAAGCAUGCUGCUCUGUUCAAAGAAAUAAAUUAUAAUUACAAGGGACACCAUCACCAGAAUCAAAAAUAGACUGGUACUGACUGUUUCAGGGAAACAGGAAGGGGGAGUGCAAUGGGGGUGAGACAGGAAGUGUCCUAGGUUAUAUCUUCCCAUUACAGGUAAUCCUUGACUUAUAAACAUAGUUGUGCCUGCCAAUUACAAUUGUAAACCGCAAGUGAUGGGACCUGGGAGCCACAUAGCAAAUGCUUGCAGGCAUUAAGCGAAUCUGUUGUUCUCUGUGGGCAAUUUUUUUUCCUGGAAACUGCAAGUAAAUUCCUGUUUCCAGAAAAAAAAAGUCAUAAAUUACAGUCACCUGAUUGCAGGACACUGCAAACAGCCAUGUGGCCGAUUGCCCAAAAUGCUUCAGAACUGGGUCGUAAGUUAUCUUUUUUUUGGGGGGUGUCCAUGGUAACUUCGAAUAAUUGCUAAGCAACCAGUUGUAAGUUGAGGACUACCUGCUUUCCAAAUGUUUUGUACUUCAAACAUGAAGCGUAGUCUUAGGCUGUAAGGCUCCUUGAUCUGAUGCCCUUCAAUUGCCAUUUGCAUCUGGAGGGCAACAGGUGAAUAAAGGCAGCCUUAUUCCUAGCUAAAGACCCUGGCAGUCAUUCCACUGAUGUCCUUGUAAAAUGUGUUGCCAGGUGAAGGUUUUAGGUAUUGUGCCAUUUACAGUUCUCAUCAAUAGGUGAAUUGUGUAUUCUUUGUAUACUUUUCAUUUCUUUAAAUAUGUAAAAAAAAAUAUGUUGUACAUACCAUUCUGUUGUAAACGUGUUCACACUUUAUUGUCCAGCAUAGAUAAAGCAUGGAGAUAAUUAUUUAAGAUGUACUUGUAUUUAUACCUCAGAUAUUCUUUGAAGGAGAGGCAGGGUGUUUGUAAUCUUAAGUUUGGCUGUCCUUUCCUCCAGUGUAAAUAUGUUCUACACAACUGAAGAAAAAAAAAAGAUAAAAGAAGAAAAGGUUUAUAGCUUGCUAUUAUAUGCCCGUACAGAACAUAGUCAAUAAAUGCACUAUUAAGUGUU